AGCCGAGGGACGGUGCCUCCCCUCCCCGACCGACUUCUUGCCUUCUUGCUCCCCACCGCCUCCUCUGCCUCCACAACCUCCGCACUUUGCGGACAUGACGCGCGCCCGCGACCUCGCGAUGCCAAUGCCGCCGAUCGACCUCCGCGACAUCGACGGCGGCCCGAGCACCCCCUCACCCUUUGAGAUUAAAUCGCUCGCGUAUGGUCGCCCUCGCGCGCUCCCGACGUCGGUCUCAAACGGAUCAGUCGCCUCGGAUUGCUCCGUGGGCACAGAGGCAAGCGCCUCCACUGCUGCCAGCGACGAGCCGCAGACGCCCGCAUCGGCCCUUGCCGGGUUAGCCCUCAGCUCGUGCGAAGUCACCCCACUCUCAACUCCUCUCAUCUCACCUGCUUCUGCAACCGUAACCGGCAAGCGCCACCGCGACGAAUGGACCAUGGAUGAGGUACAGCUUCUCGAGAAUGUUCUCGCUCGUCCACCUCCCGAUUUGCACUUUCCUCCUGGCUCGAUGCCUCCGCCGGAGGUGAUUGACGGCCUAACUUCGGCGAUACUCGAGACACUAGGCCGAGACGAGGACAAGCCGAAGACAUCAAUCGCGAUCGACAUUGAUUGCUCUUCCAUUGAUGUCUGGCCUCAUUCGUGGGACGCGACACGGCAUAAGCUUGCCGCCUUGGCGCUGGCUGACACCCGUCUCGGCGCCGAGCUUGCCAAUCGCAAGCUCACCCGACAAGAGCGCUUAGCGCGCCCAGGCCUCAAGCGAGUGGGUUCUAUGGACUAUCUUGAUGACGAGGAUGGUGGCAUGCCGAGCGAGCGCAUAGGCCGCGUCCUCCGCCUCUCUACAUCGCUUCAGAACAGCGCGCGCGGUGUCCCCGACCGGACGGCAUCCCUCACCGUCCCAGCACCAGCUGCUGCGCGCGCCGCUUCUCUUGGAGCACUCUCUCGUUCUGAGGAACCGCUUAGCAUCCCGCGCACGUCUUCCUCCCUAUCAGUGAGCUCGGGGGCCAGCGUGAGUCGUCGGCCAUCGCUGCUGGCCCGCGGACGCAGCUUCACGGCAGAGGACCUCGAGGGCGAAGAAGGGGACAGCAUUGUCUUCGGGCGACGUCUUACUGCUCCACCCGACGAGCUGGCCCCCACCACGCCUCUACCAGCAGCCGAAAACACGCCGGCGGUGGCCGUCCUCUCCCCUUCGCCUCCCGAGGAGCCAGCACCCAAGCGCGCCUCCCUCGGCCGAAGCAAGAGCUACGGCCCAUCGCCACGCGAUGUGCAAGCGCGCCGCGACUCAUUCCUCGCGCCUCCCAUGCCCCCUCCUCCCAGAGUACUUGCGCUGGACGAGAGCUCCGCCCCCUCACCGGCCGCGCUCGGCGAGGGACUAGCCACAGCAUUCGAGUGGACUGCCCCGAGCCGCACACCGAGCGGAUGGGAAAGCGACUCUGAUCGUGAAUGCCCCCGCACACGUCGGAAGAUGAAGGGCACUCUGGCCAUGACAGCCCUCAACGCGGCGACGCGCGAGCGCUCUUCAUCCCUUUCGAGCGGGAGCUCACGUUCCCGCUCUGCGUCUCUGUCCACGAGCGACGGGGCCAGCACCCCACCCCUCGUCAUUUCUAUGAUGGUGGAUGAGGCGGCGCUUGUGCGUGGCGGUGGCCUCCGCUCUCCUUUCGAGGAGAAGACGGUUGAGCUGGCGUAGCUCUCUCCACCGUAGCACGGCGCUGGCGCCGUAGCCGCAGAGGGUCGUCAAAGGUGUAACACUAGUGUAUUACCUCGAUU